AUGGCACAGGCUGCCCAUCAGCUAUUGCGCGCAGAGCUUUCAAGCCAGGCAUGUGAUAUAUGUCGAAAGCGCAAAGUGAAAUGUCACUUUUCAGGCCCGCAGUCCGGCCCUGCUCUAUCCCGCUGUCGGCGAUGCGAGAGGCUCAACCUGGCGUGCACCUUUCUAUCACCAACGAGGAUCCGAGGACCGAAGAAACGGGCAAAUUCCGCCGAGCAAACAGAGCAUCAUACGCACUGUACCCAGUAUUGGACGGACGAUAUUUGCGGCCGAGAUCUAUUUGAGACCAUGAUGCAGGAUUAUCUGACAUACCUGUACCCGAUGGUCCCAAUAGUCCAUCGCCCAUCCUUCAAAAAAGCUCUUCAGGAAGAGCAGCAGGAUGAGGUCUUCUCCGCCCUAACAGUCAUGAUUGCCGCGCUGGUCGUGGCGACCAUGCCGGCUAGGUUUCAGGCUUACAAAGCCCGCAAUCCACCACUGAGGUUCUCAUCUCGAAAAGAGAUGGUGCAUUUUUGCUACCAGAAGGUUAUGGCGCUACGGAAACCGUCUUACUACGAUCAACUCAAUUUUCAAAAGUUUGCCAUCUCCUACCUUUUGUUCGCUGCAUUCUUGCAGCUCGGCGAUCAUAAUUGGGGGCGGAUGAUGAGUGCCGAAGCAUUCCAGCUUGCUCGACUACUGAACCUGCACUCUAUAGGCGAGUAUCGAGGCCUCAAUUGCAUUGAGACGCAACUUCGGAAGAAAGGAUUUUGGUUACUUUUCUAUUCUCAUGUACACGGAACAUCACAAAGUGUCUUGGGCGAACGUCUAUCCUACUUGGAUAACGACACCUUGCAAUUCAUCAAUCCAGAAGACCUGAUGCCUUUAGAGGUUCCAGAUGAAUCCAUCCUUGAGAAUGAGGUAUUAAUGCCUGCCGAACCAGCAUCAUGCCUCGAAACCGGCUUCGUGCUUCACUCACGAAUAUUCUGGGCCGCGAUUCGUGCUAUAUGUCCGAAGAAAGCUGCUGAGGAACCGUGCCCGUGUAUUCGAGCACACCACCCCCAGCUUCAGAUUACAUAUUUCCAAGACCGAUUAGCAACCCUCAAGCACAUACUGGACGAAUGCCCAGUCGAUUUUCAGGCCUGGCAAUUUGAAGAGCGAGACGAAGAUCUCCGCACAAUGGUUGCCUCCCAGUUUUCGUCCUUGCGGGUGAAUAUCCACGUUACACAUCUAUGGCUGCAGAGCCUUACCAUGGAUCAGCUGGAAGCUACACAUGCACAUCAACAAGAGCGGGGCUUGUCUUCGCACAUGUUCGAUCAGAGGGCACUUUGGGGAGAAAGAGAGGAAAUCUGCCGCCGACUAUUCUAUAUUAUCUAUCAUUUCCCUCCACUCAGCUUGGAGACUAACGGGCUACAUCUUGCGAAUAAGGUGCGCGAUAUCUCGGCUAGUCUGCUUGCUAGCCCGUUUGGUCCUGAUGACCCUAUCUCUAAACGGGUGGCAGAGUACGUGCGACAGUCUUCUGAGGUAUUGACCUGGUUGGAUAGGAGUGAAAGUAUGAAUACCAUGCAUCUACCGACGUGGGUGGACACCGAUCGUAUCCGAGAAUGA